CUGUGGGGACAUCGUGGGUGACAUCAUGGCAGCCCCUGGAGCUGCGUGUUCACAGACUGCCUCCUGCUAGCUUUCUCACGGCGCAGAGUGCUCUGUGCUCACUGUGUGUGUGGGUACCUAGGGUGUGCUAACAGCUCUGCUCCCACCUCGGGACUCCGCGAGAGCCAAGUCCUAGAGCUGAAGCAUGCAGCUCCCACAUGCAUGGGGCUGAUGCUCAGCCAUGUGGGAGGCUGAUGGGUAUUUUGGGUGCUCUGCCACACAUCUGUUUUCCAGGGCAGAGGCUCUGCUGUGCACUUGAGCGGACCUGGAGGAAGAUGCGAGCACAGCUUUUUGCUGCCAGCCCCUUUGGUGUGGCCCGCAUGGAGAAGUUUGAUGCACGGGAUGAGGGCACAGUGCCUGAGGCCUCCCUGUGGCGCUGCGCCCGCCGUGUCAUCCGCCUGUCUGACUGUGUCUCCGUUGGCCCCAUGGGCACUGAGAGCUGCCCCAAAGCCACUGCCGCCUUCUACCUCACCACCACGGAGAAGAACUAUGUGCUGGCAGCUGAGCAUCGGGAUGAGUGGAUCGAGCAGCUCUGCCAGCUGGCCUUUCAGGUCAAAAAGGAAGCAGCACAGAGUAGCAGCACCGGGCUGCAGCCCAUCCCUAUGGAGGAGAACUGCCUCUACUCCUCGUGGCAGGAUCUGACAGAGUUCCCAGUGCUGGUGCUGAGGACGGAGGCAGCCGCCCGCUGUGAGCUGCACGGGCACUACGUGCUGGCAGCCCUGCCCCAGAGCUUGACGCUGAAGGAUGCGCAGUCCCAGCAGCCCCUGCUCACCUGGCCCUACCCGUUCCUCCGCAAAUUCGGCCAAGAUCAGGACAUCUUCUCCUUUGAAGCCGGCCGCCGCAGCGACUCGGGCGAGGGCACCUUCACCUUCAGCACCCCGCGAGCCCCAGAGCUGUGCCGGGCCGUGGCCGCCGCCAUCGCCUGUCAGCAGCAGGGCCGGGAGAGCCCCCAGCUGGCAGCCCAAGGUCUUGGCACCCAACCCUGGGGGCCAGAGGCUGAAGACCCCCAGCACAGCCCAAUGCUGGGCCGGCCGCAGCCAGGCUCGCACUCGGCCUCACAUCCCUCGCCCAACCUUCUCCGCUUCCCCACCGUGGAGCCGGAGGCUGCUGGCCCUAUAUUGUAUGCCUCCAUCGCUCGCGGCCAGCAGCCCCACUUCGGGCCGUGCCCGGCCAAGCCGCUCUCCGAGCAUCUCUAUGAGAACAUCUUCACGGCCCAGCCUCGGCCUCCGGCGGAGGAAGAGCAGGAGGAGGAGGAGGAAGGGCGCUGGGAGCUGGGCUGUCGCCAGGCCCCCGAGGGCCACAGCAGCGAAGCCGCCGCCCCCUACCCCGCCCGCAGCGCCCCGCAGCCCCACAGGCAGCGCUGGGGGCCGGGGGGAAGCAGAGGCGAUGCGGAGGAACACUCCAGGCCUAAGGCUCAGCGCACCCUGCGGGCCAAACUGGUGCGGCUGCUGAGUCGGGACGGCCCCGGCGCGCGGGACUGGCCGUGAGCGGGAAUAAAGGCCGUGCACCGCC